CUGAUCUUGCGAAAAAAAGGAAGGCAGAUGAAGAUGAGCUCUUGGACGCCGAACGCGAGCGUGAACCACGAAAGCAACGUUUGACAGAAGCACUGGAGACGGUAUCCGACCAAAUUAACCAAGCACCUGGCCCAUCCUCGCUGGCACUUCGCAAAACGUUCUCCAAGGAGCAACAAGCACUCAAUUUUCUCUGCCAUC